GUUAUUUAGUCCUGUCAUUGGGUGUUCUAGUACAAGUUUCUUUGGAAAUCGUAAAUACGAAAUAAAAAUUGUUCUAAUUUUCUAUUCCCCAAUUCAAAUAGCAGCAACAGUAUUUUGAUAACAUUUUUCCAAUAUUCACAUACUGAUUGCCAUUCAAACAGAAUCAUGGAUUACGAAUUUAUGGACGACAGCCAGGUUGUGAAGCAGCAGAGGAGCUCCUGGUUCUUCCAGAUGAUUGAUGAUUGGUUCACUUUUCAAGCAAAUUUCCUGAUGAACUACGGAUGGCGAUGCCUCGGAGGGCUCAUCAUAGUUGUGAUCAUUUGGAACUGGCUGCAGCCAAAGAUUGAAGCGUGGAAGCGUGCUAGGGAAGAUGCUGCCUACCACAAAGACCCGGAUCGUGUGUUAGCACGCGAGGAGGCAGUCAGAAAAGCGCGGGAGUUGCAAGAACAAAAGCUGAGAGCAGACUCCGCGCGAGCGGCCGAGCUGCAGAAAGAGAAAGAAGAAAAGAAGAGGCGUGAAGCCAUCGAGCUGCUAGAGAAGCAUGGGCGCUUACCCGGCGGCCGGCGGCUCGGCUCCGCCGAUGAUGGCUACCUGCCGCUGAGCGGCGGCGCGGGGGGCUCCUCGUACCGCGCGCCCAAGCGCUCCGCCUGCGGCGGCGGCGGCUGCGGCCGCUAGCCUGCUGCCACAGGCUAAGGGGAGCCUGCCCCAACAGCCUGGGGGAGCCUGCUCCGACAGGCUACGGGAGCCUGCUCCGACAAGCUACGGGAGCCUGCUCCGACAGCCUGGGGGAGCCUGCUCCGACAGGCUACGGGAGCCUGCUCCGACAGCCUGGGGGAGCCUGCUCCGACAGCCUGGGGGAGCCUAACCACCACCAGCACUUCCUGAGAACACCAAUGUCAGAAUGACGAAUGACUGUGCAAACCUUACGUCAUAUUACUAAUAUGGAUCAUCCUUUGGAACACUUCACUUCGUACAAACGUGAGUGACUUAAGAGGGUAGAAUAGCUUUUCGAAUCUAACGAAACAACGGUAGUUUUUGUAUGAAAUUCCAUUUCGGGAGAAAACGUUUAUCACAUCACUUUGAUUUCGAUGUCGUACGCUUCAGCAUACUGAAUAUAUUCUAGGAUUCGCUUUUUUGAAACAUUUUUUUUUUGUUUUGCAAAUUUUGAAAAAAAGAAGAAAACCUAUAAACCUAGUUUUUUAUUGUGUUAAUAACAUACCAAUAACUCAUGGAGAAUGGAAAAUAUUUAGAGGUGGAAAAACGUUUUCUCUUUUUGUAUUUAUUAUAAUUAUAACCUUAAUAUUAUAAUUAUUAGGGUUUAUUGUAAUUAUUUAAAUACUGCGGAAUGGAGUAUCGAGACAAACCAUUGUGGUUUAACGAUACUUUUUGAUCAAAUAUUCUGUAAUUGUGAUUUAUCUCUAAUAAAUAAAUAAUCUACGUGCUACGUGCUACACUUCCCUCUUAAGCUAAAUUGUUACAUACAUAUUUAUUACUUAAUUAUUUUUGUGAAAGCUUCUAUUAACCCGAAUUCAACUUUAUUACAAUACAAUGUUCGAAACGACCUAUUGGGCUAGUUUGCAUAUGUAGAGACAAAAGAUUUUAUUUGUGACCAUUUUCGUACCUUGUGACAGUGACAUUAAAAUGAAGUUUCUAGCGACUUUCAUGUUGUUAGUCUAGACCGCGGGCCAGGAGCAUAUUUCGUCAGUCAUCGCCUCCCGGCUGAUACUUUGUCAGAUGAUAGUUUAGAUGCUGUUUUAAAUAAAAAACGUCAUCCGGUUGUAUCGCGGUGGAAAGACCGUCAGCUGUAAAAUGAACAUGUAAAAAUAUGCGUCUACUAAUACAGAUGUAUUGUAUAUUAUUUCUAUAGAAUUUGUAAACUAAAACCAUAGACAACGCACCAACUUUAAGACAUGAAAAGUAGAAAGUAACUUUGACUGUUUCAAAGAUUUGUUGGAUCUGAAAGUACAUGUAUUGUAAUGUUGUAUUAUAAUAAUAUAAAAUUAAUAUUA